AUGCUUCCCAGCCCGUCCGUCCCCCGCCCCGCGCUGGGAAACUCCGCCUCCCGUUACGCAUUCGCCGUCUUUGCCAGUGCGGCCAGUGUCGCGCUCGCCAACAUUCUGUACAACAUCGCCUCCAGCUGGGAGACCAGCAGAUCCCAUCUCACCCUGCGCUUGGCAUGCAUCGUCCUGGCGAGGCUGUGCAUCAUCUUCGCCGUCAAACUCUCCCUGGCCCUCGUCGCCGUCACGGUGCAGGUGCCCGGCGACGACAACGGUGCAGAUGUCGGCGGCGCGUAUCUGACCUGGGCGACCGCGGUCCUGUCGAGCCUGUACCAUGAGAGCUUGCUCAUGACCUGCAUCGCGACCGGGUAUGUCGUCAAGACGAAAACCUGGUACCCCAACUUGCGCAUCUAUCUCAGCCCGUGGUAUAGGCGCGAGCACAGUGGCGCGGCCGAGACGUUCGAGCUCCACCAGAUGGAAGAGUCGCAUGACUCUACCCCGGCGGAGCUGGUGCAGAUGAGGUAUCGAUCGCUCUCGCUGUGUCAGCGCAUCAAGGGCGGGAGGAUUGACAGACAUCUUUUGAUCUUGUCCGCCAUCUUGUAUAUUGCGAUGGAGCUGGUCACGCUUAUUAUUUCCCUGCUGAAGCUGCUCCAGGAUUUGUCCACUGUGUCCCCGAUGGAAAGCGUUUUUGUUGACGUCAAUGAUUCUAUUGAGGCGAGGAAUUGCCCGAUUCGCGUCUCGGAUGUAGCGAGUGAUGCCGUUACUUGCAUUGAUAAGCGAGGUCAGAUUGACGAAGAGGAAGAAUCCACGCCGAAUUGUUCAAAUUCUGCGAUUUGUCACUGUGGGAAUAUUGAUAUUGUGGGUGACAUCUUGGUUGUGCCUGCCUUUGUUGAAAAACAAGAUGGAACCGCUGUUUCUAUUCGGGGAUCUCAGCCUCUUUUGGUAUGUGAUGAUAGCGCCGCCGACAUACAGUUCGUCGAGCUUCGCCGUCAUCGCCGUCUUCUCUAUCCUAAUAGCUUCAUUAGGAGUUUUUUUGAUCUUCCGCCUAGGAAGAGACUCCGCACGAGUUCACGAGCAUUGAUCACUUUGUUGACUUUGCUCCAAUAUUUAUUGCUAUUUAAAAAUCCCGUGCACUGCCAGAAUACGUUGCCUGUGGAAGUGACUUUUACACUACAGCGUUGCGGUAAGACAUGCAACUCUUCGCUUCCUUUUUUCGCGAGAAACAUACGGCUGAGAAGUGAAGAAAGGAUGGCAUGCGACGUAUGUACUACACCACAUAUCGACUGUAUAUAUUGUAGGUUACCGUAA